UCACCAACUGACGUCUCUCCCUCCCUCCUUUUCGGUUUCAAUUCAGUCAAAUCAUAGCGACCUGGAAGCCAGAGGCACUUACAUGUGUCUUCUGAUAAGAGAGCCAUUCGCACUUACUGUGGCCGCUUUGUAAGCCGUGGAAAAGACGAGAAUAUCGGGGUAGUCUUCCAGCCGAAGUCAGCGAACUUUCGUGUCGCAAACGAACUACAGCGAACCAUAAAAACACACAGAGAUGGACGAAAAGGCGUUCACGAAAGAACUUGAUCAGUGGAUCGAGCAGCUCAACGAGUGCAAGCAGCUGUCGGAGGGACAAGUAAAAACACUAUGUGAAAAGGCAAAAGAGAUCCUGACCAAAGAGUCAAAUGUCCAGGAUGUGAGGUGUCCAGUGACAGUGUGUGGUGACGUGCACGGUCAGUUCCAUGACCUCAUGGAGCUGUUCAAGAUUGGAGGGAAAUCUCCAGACACAAACUAUUUGUUUAUGGGAGACUACGUAGACAGAGGGUACUACUCUGUAGAAACUGUCACUUUACUAGUAGCACUUAAGGUACGCUUUCGUGAGCGCAUCACAAUCCUCAGAGGGAACCACGAGAGCAGACAGAUCACACAAGUGUACGGCUUCUAUGAUGAGUGCCUAAGGAAAUAUGGAAACGCCAACGUUUGGAAGUACUUCACAGACCUAUUUGAUUAUCUCCCCCUCACUGCCUUGGUAGACUCUCAGAUUUUCUGCCUUCAUGGAGGCCUGUCGCCGUCCAUAGAUACUUUGGAUCACAUCAGAGCACUGGACCGUUUACAAGAAGUGCCACAUGAGGGUCCCAUGUGCGACCUGCUGUGGUCAGACCCCGAUGACCGUGGUGGCUGGGGCAUCUCUCCUCGAGGAGCAGGAUACACCUUUGGCCAGGACAUCUCUGAAACCUUCAACCACGCCAAUCGUCUCACACUGGUGUCCCGUGCCCACCAGCUGGUUAUGGAAGGUUACAACUGGUGCCAUGAGAGGAAUGUGGUGACAAUAUUUAGUGCUCCCAACUACUGCUACCGCUGUGGCAACCAGGCAGCUAUCAUGGAACUAGACGAUACCCUCAAAUAUUCAUUCUUGCAGUUUGAUCCUGCGCCUCGCAGAGGGGAGCCUCAUGUCACUCGCCGCACCCCAGAUUACUUCCUGUAAACUCUGACCUCCGAUCCUUGUACAGUCAGGUCCAGUUUUGCCAUGAUGUAUGACCUUCAACUGAUAACAACAUGACUGAAGAGGGGAGGGUGGGACACUGGGUGGUGGAUUUGGGGGAGGGGGGCUACACAGCAGUGCACAUUGUAUAUCCACACAAAGACCUAUUUAAGCAUUUAGGGAAACGAUGUCUGUGUGUCAAUGAAUGGACCAAAAGGUGUGUGCCAUAAUCAUUACAAUAUCCAUUGCUGAGGACUUGUAUUGAAACUCUCCCCACUAUGUAAACAACAGUGAAGUUAAAAUUCCUCAUCCUGUACCUGUGUAGCUGGAAUGAUGACAUUGAGGUCCAAGACGGAAAUUUGAUACUUAGAAUGCGGCUGUUUGAAUCCCACAUGCCAUGGCUUAUAUGUAGGAGAUUUGAACAUGAUCUGUUUGCACUUUUGUAAAUCUAAAGAAAUGUAACAUAUGUCAAAAAAAGAAAAAUAUUUCACACUACAGAUGUUCUUUUUUUUUUCUUUUUUGUUUUUUUAAAGUAAAAAUAAAGUCCCCAUCAGGCAAGUUUUACAGAAAAGUGUUCUUUUUUUGGUUCAGUGUAAUUUACAAGUACAACUCCUUUUUUGCAGUUACUCAGCUUGAUGUAUAUGAUAGCCAGAUGUGUUCAUCCACGUCAAUUCACUGACUCCCUCUGAACUACAGAGUCUGUAUUAACCAAAUCAUUUGAAUAAUAAAGAUGAAGGAGGCUCCUUAA